UAUAUAAUAUAAAUAAUAAUAACACCAGUAACAACUCAGAUCCUUUAUUUCCUACAUAUACACACACCAGGUGACACAACAAGCUCUUUCAAGAAAAAUUUUGUGAGAGCUAAAUCAUUAAACAGAGCAAAGAAAUUUUGAUCCUUCAUAAAUGGAUGAUUGGUCUCAUUCUUAUACUGUUGAUGAUGAAUUCAAGAAACUUGUUCUUAGAAUGAACCCCCCAAGGGUUACUGUUGAUAAUGCUUCUGACAAGAAAACAACUUUGAUCAAGGUUGAUAGUGCAAAUAAAAGAGGAAGCUUGUUAGAAGUGGUUCAGGUUCUUAAUGAUUUGAACCUUAUAAUCAAAAGAGCUUAUAUUUCUUCUGACGGGGAAUGGUUUAUGGAUGUAUUUCAUGUUACUGAUCGAUAUGGAAAUAAGCUCUCUGGAGAUAAUGUUGCUGAACGCAUUCAGCAGUCAUUGGGACCGAGGGGCCGCAGCUUCCGGUCUAUGGAAAGAUCUGUGGGCGUUCAAUCUGCAGCAGAGCACACAACCAUUGAACUGACGGGGCCAGACAGACCCGGAUUGAUUUCCGAGAUCUUUGCUGUUCUCGCCGACCAUAAAUGUAACGUCGUAGCAGCAGAAGUAUGGACUCAUAAUUCCAGAAUGGCGUCGGUUGUUUACAUAACCGAAGAACAAAGUGGAUGGGCAAUAACUGACCCCGAUAGGCUUGCCACAAUCAGGAAAUUGUUGUUUUAUGUUUUAAAAGGAGACAGAGAUAGGCGAGGCGCCAAUACAGCAGUUUCUGUUGGCUCGACUAAUACUGAAAGGAGGCUACAUCAAAUGAUGUAUGCUGAUCGUGAUUAUGAUGAAGAUGAGUAUACAGGUUGCGUAUCGGUUGACCAGAGGAAGAAGCCCUCGGUAACUGUAGAACGUUGUGCGGAUAAAGGGUACACGGUUGUGACUUUGAGAUGUCCGGACCGUCCGAAGCUGCUCUUCGAUGCUGUGUGCACGUUAACGGAUAUGCAGUACGUAGUGUAUCAUGGUACCAUUAUUGCUGAAGGACCUGAUGCUUAUCAGGAAUAUUACAUUAGGCAUAUGGAUGGGUGCCCCAUUAGUUCUGAAGGGGAGAGACAUCGUGUAAUACACUGCUUGGAGGCAGCUAUCAAGAGGAGAACUUCUACGGGAAUAAGACUUGAAUUAUGUGGAGAUGACAGAAGCGGGCUUCUAUCUGAUGUAACUCGCAUAUUCAGGGAGAACGGUCUUUCCGUUUCCCGAGCCGAGGUCAUGACGAGGGGCUUACAAGCUAUUAACGUCUUUUACGUGACUGAUGUAUCAGGCGGUAUGGUUAAAACUGAAACCAUCGAAGCAGUCCGGAAAGAAAUAGGUCUGACCAUUCUUCAUGUCAAGGACGAUCUCUACUUGAAUUCACCGCCACAGCAAACUGGAAGGUUUUCUUUAGGUAACAUACUUAGAUCAAGAUCGGAGAAAUUUCUCUACAACUUAGGAUUGACAAAGUCAUAUUCAUAAGAAGUUCAUAGAUAGGCAGGGGCCUUGCCAGUUUCUGUAAAUGCUUAGAUAUGUAGGUUGGCAGCAAAACAAAGCAUUAGGUAGUGAACCCCUUGGUUGAUCUCAGUCUUAGGCCAAAACUUUAGGUUCUAUUUCAAACUUGUGAAGUUUCUUUCAGCCUAAACAAAUGUACAUUGCAUGCUUUCACCUUCCCUUUCAGGGGGCAUAGUAGAUGACAUACCAUUUCUCCCUUUAACAGCAAUGUUUA